AUGGGAAAGGACCUUCAGGGUCACCCAGGGGGACUCCUGUGUCGGCGUGUCCCCAGGGUGGAGGCUUCCCCAGCCGCUGCCGCUGCCGAAGCAGAAACCACCAGCCAGGCCUCGGAGCCCGCCAGCCAGGCCUCGGAUGAGGAGGACGCACCUGCCACGGACAUCUACUUUUUCACCGAUGGGAGGUACUGGAUUUACUCUCCCCGGCAUCGCCGACUGCGGGCCGUGACGCUGAGCUCCUCAGGGACUCCCACCGAUGAGAGGAGCUGGGUGUACUCCCCGCUUCACUAUAGCGCGCACGCCCACCCAGCCUCCGACGGCGAGAGCGACACAGUAAGUGCGCCCGCGGCUCGCCACGCCCUGGGCACUCUGGGCUCAGGCACUGGACAUCCGUCCUUGGAGAUGGCCGACCAGUGGUCUGGGGGCGGCUCUCCACCUCCCCCACCCCCCACCCUGAUGUUUCCCAUCACCUCACCUGCCAGGUGA